AUCAUUGCGGUCCGGUACUGAUAGGACAGUAGUUGUCGCUUAAACGUAGCGUAAGCCUCUCACGAAACGAAGCUAAUUAAAGAAUUUUAAGAGUUCGAGGUGUUCGCCAAUAUAACAUCGCAUUUCUUACACAGUUUUAUUUUGCUGGUUGUUUUGAAUAGCGUCCGAAAUGUGUUCUUCAUGGGAUUACCUGUCGAGAUUUUUGUAGGCCAUAGACAGACACAAAGGAAAAGCGAGAACUGAUAAAAAUUUGCGGGGCACAGUUGGUUAAGUUUAUUGAUAUAAAUAAAGUCUGGCCAAUCCAGAUCUAGUUAAUUGAAUUGUAUUUAGUUUGUCGGUGUCUACCCCGUUUCGAACAUGAUAGAAGAUGUGAAAUAAAAGCACGUAAAAUGCCUCGUUCAACUUUGGAUUUUAAAAUUAGGUUUCUACCUUGCAGAAUGACUUCAGUUGGUCGGGGCCGUGGAAGAGUGGCGUAUACCGCCCCACUGCGACGUCCUGGCCAGCCUGCUAAUGCACCAGACUAUGUUCAGACUAUGAACGCACUAAUGUCAGAUGUGGACUAUGCGGAAAACAUGCUGGAUUAUGUGGAAAAGCAAGUGAUUGCAGCAUGCUCAUCCGUCACUGCAACUGAAGAGGUUGUGGACACGAUAUACAACAUUAGCAUACGAGACCGUAACUUUGGAAGAGUUGGCGGAGCUGUUCUGGCCAGGCUGACUGGGACGGAACUGGAAGGCUUCAGAAAGGCUGUGCUGAACAGGUUGCAGUCUGACUAUGAAGAUCGGGAGAAGAUGUUGGCAGCAGACGGUGGAGUCAAGUUGAUGAACUUUGUGUGCCUGCUGGGUGACCUGUACCACAAGGUCGUGCUGAGGAAUGGGCUGCCGCUGCGAGUCCUGGCCGCCCCACUGGCGACCUGCCUCGGCAUGGUGCUUGGGCGCAGCGCUUCCAAGAUUGAGAUCUUCACUCAGCAGAUGGUGAUGAAUGGAGAGAAACUGCAGCUACAUGCAUCAGAUGAUGUAGCUCAGCUAAUGAUCCGCGCACGGGAACUGCUGAUGGGACAGCCCCCACUAGAAAACAGCAGUGCCUGGUACAUACUUCUCUGCAUCGACCUGGAGGCUCGCAAAUAUACGGCUCUCCCGGACCACUUGCUGUCACUCUACGAGUCCAAUAUAGCAUCUAAGCAAAUUCUCUCACUUCUCAAGAAGCUUAAAUCUGAUUCGUAGUAUACAUUUAUUUUGUUGAACAAAAUUUGUGUGCUGUGAAUAUAGUAUUUAAUGUACACCACAGGGAAACACUGAGGAUCCUAUAGCAGUGUGUGCUAUACACCCUGUAGGAUUAGAGGUAAUAGUACUUCUUUGGAUUGUCAAAGAAGGCUGUUCUUGUUGUGACUGAAAUAUUGUUGGCAGCUGCAAUGAGUUGCUGAGUAUUGUAUUAUUUUUAUAAUGUAUUUAUUCUAUAUCUCAAGUACUGAAUGAUAUUUGAAAAACGAAGUAUUGUAGCCUUCACUGUAUGAUAUUUGCAUUCUGUUUGUUGCCAAGAAUAUUGUCAGAUACUUGUAUCAGUCUGUAAUUUUCAGUGGAAGCUGACUCCAAUAAGAGGUAGAAACAUACGACAGAUUGAAAUAAUUAAUGAGUAUGUUGUCAGCAGACAGACACCAUGACCAUGCAAUUCAUAGAGAAAGUUCUAAACUUUUAUUUCUGGGAUAUGCCCCUGAGAGACUGAGCUAUCAGAAAACUUUACGUGAAACAAACACACACACAAACAACAACAACCACCACCACCAACAAUAUCGAAUGUAUGUAAGAUGAAAGUGAAAUCUUUAAGCACAUAAGAUUACAACAGAAUUUCUCACAGGCAUUGUUACUUGAAUAUUGGUGACAAUGGUUUUCACUGCAUUAAUCUUGAUCAAUAUCAACAAAAAAAUAAGCAUGUCAGUCGUGCAGAUGAACAAUUUAAUAACUAGGUUGGUAUUACAAAAGACCAAUUAGAGAAAUUAACAGUAUGCAUCAUGGAUGUGGAAAUGAAUCUAUUAUGUUGUUUCUUGGUACUGAAUACAUUGCAAUGCUUUCACCUUACACUUAGUGCAAAAUUCUUACCGAGGUGGUGGACUUCAGCCGUUUCCUCCAAUAUUUGUUGUCUCUCGCUUGACAAACUUCUACAGAGCAACACUCUUUUUGUGUUUAUGAUACAAGUAGUCACAUCCUAUUAUCUGUGCAUGCAGAAUGGUAUGUCAUUAUUUUGGGCAGUGGCAAAUGAUCAUUUGAAGCAUGAAGAUUGUGUUGAUGAAUACAAAUAUUCUAAAUGGUUUUCAGGAUUUCAUGCACGUCCCCCUGCCCUCAGUAAAGUGCAUUUUUUGGUUUGUGUAUCCUCUUUCUCCAAACAUCUGUGGUCCAAAUAUAUUUGCUACCAUGGUGACUUUGUAGCUGAGCCACACACUUCACAGUGGUUUGCAGAGUACGGACAUGGAUAUCAACCUUUACUUAUUUACUGUGUAGGUGGUCACUAAAAAUGUGCAAAAACAGUGUGUAUUUACGCAUACAAAGAAUGACUCGUACUUCUAGCAUUUUACCCAAGUGUGCAAGUGUGUGUGUGU